AUGAAAGGAUUCAUCACCUUGGCAACAUUUGUUGCCAAUGCUCAUGCCCUUCUUGGCCGCAGUCAGACCUGCUGCUUCCAUCUCACUGCCUCUGGUGGUGCCUCCGGUGAUGUCGGCCAGUUGAGCGACGGACAAAACCGUAUCGGUGAUAGCAGCCUGUCUCCUGCCGAGUUCUGUAUCAGUUCCGAUGGUUCCAUUACCGAUGGCAGUGGCCGUGGCUGUAUCUUAACUCCGCCUACGACUCAGCUUCAGUGUGAUACUGGUGCCACUCCCACCUCAGGAUUUUCUAUCAGUUCAUCUGGCCUGUUGGAGUUUAACGGAAACACUCAGUUUUUCUCCUGUGAGACUGGCCAGAAUGGCGGCAUGAAUAUCUAUACCAUGGAAAGUUCUGCUCUCAGUCACUGUUCGGUCAUCGAGUUGAAGGCCGACUCGUGUUCCGGCUCGAACUCUGGUUCAGGGACCUCGACGGCCUCAGCGACCUCAGCGACCUCCACGGCGUCAGGGACGUCAACUACCUCAGGGACCUCGUCAGCUAGUACAACUUGCAGCACCACCCUGUCAUCAGGCAACUUUGAGUUCCCUCACUUGAUCGUCCCGAUUGACUCUCAGUCUCCCAACAAAGCCUCCGGUACCUCAUUCAACGGCGAAGUGACCUCGAGCAUUUCAAGUAUCUUCAACUUCGAUAUCCCACAAUCUGACUCUGGUAAGACCUGUAGCCUGGUCUUCCUGUUCCCCAACAAGGCCGACCUCGAGACCUCAGACUUUACCUUCAGUGGUGACGGCAAAAUUGACAUCGCUCAACUCUCCGAGACUGCUACUAAGUCCACUACUUUCAAUAACGCUCCUUCUGUCUCCAAUGACUUGGGUGAAUUCACCGUCUCACCUGGCCACUCAUAUGCCAUCGAGAGUUUCUCGUGCCCCGCCGGCAAAGCUAUUGCUUUUGAGAUAUCGAAUGCUGGCAGUACUGAUCUGACAUUCUUCCAAGAUUUCAACCCUUCUCCGUAA